GCACCGGCCGCGAUUCCCAGAACCACGCCUGCCAUCUGGCCAGAGAGAAUGGAUACCUCUACCUGGAAGAAGAUGAAAAUGCAGCGUACCUGGCAGGACUGGGCACUGUGGGCAUGGAGAUCUAUGAACAGGUGCCCAAACUGGAGGCAGUGGUCAUUCCUGCUGCAGGACAGUAUGGUCUACUGGCUGGCACCGCUGCAGCCAUCAAACACCUCGACUCUCGCAUUCUUGUCAUAGGAGUUGAACCAGAAGAUUUCCCUUUGCUGCUACAAUCUCUGAAAACGAACGGUCCAAUCAAAGACAUGCACAGCAACCCCAAUAAGAAACUUUAUGGAGAUCUUAUGGAGCAUUCACUUGGUGUUAACACCUUUCAGCUGGCACAGAAACUGGUGGACAAAGUCAUCACUGUCAGUGAGGAAGACUCUCUGGUGGCAAUGCUGCGGUUUCAGGAGUUCGAACGCUCCACUGUGGACACAGAGGGAGCCAUGGGAUUGGCUGCCAUUUUGGCCGGACAGCUACCAGAACUAAAAGGCAAAAAGGUGGCUGUGGUGGUGAGCAGCGCUAACAUGGAGCUGGAAGUGGUGAGGCAGUGCAUGGACCGAGCUUUGGUGUUGGACAACCGGAUCAGUAAGUUCUCAGUGCAGCUGGGAGAGUGGCCAGGAGACAUGGCUAAGCUGCUGGAUGUUCUGACCAGAGAGGACGUCAGGUUGUUGGACGUCUGCCAUCGUAGACACAGCGAUAAGUCAGAGCUCUUCAAGGCAAAGGUGGAGUGUGUGGUGGAAACCAGGGAUAAGAUGCAGAGCGCUCAUCUGCGCAAGACGCUGAGCGAGCGCUACCCCUCUAUAUGCUGGCUGGACCGGUGAUCACAGCGAAAUCCUGAACACAAAACUAGACUGACUGAAAACAGAUUCCUGCCAUCGGGAUAACACAUGCAAACCAUUCCUGCAACACACACACACUCUUAUGAUAUGCAAGCUCUGUUAUAUGAGACUCAUUAAGAGAAUGCUUGGUCAGCAAACCUAAGUGUAAACAGAAAAGCCUUGAGAUUAUAGUGCAAAUCUACAUGUUCCUUCUAUUACUAAUGCUGCUUUUGUUCUUCUUCAUCAUGGCACCUUAAAUAUACUGUGAAGCGGUUAAACUGCAUCCCAGUUGAUGAUGCUAAUUCUAACUGAAUGCUAUGGCGGAUUCACACUAUUUUUAUAGUGGUUCCCAACUUGGGCCAUUUAAUGGGUUAACAUUGGGCUGGCACAGAAUAAAGUAUUUUUCUGUGUUUUCAAUUACUGUAGGGCCAAGAUUUUUCUUCAUUUACUCUUAUUAUAUAAGCUUUUUAUGUAAUCCUCAAGUGAUUAAAUAAAUCUGUAACAGUGGAUAAAGCUUUUUUUCCCCAGUUGUUGGUAAAGCAUAUAAGCUAAUUACAAUUAAAAUGUGUCCCUAUAGAGAAACAGUUCUGCAAAAAAAAUUAUUUGAGUUCUGUGAGUGUGUGUCGAGCCCUCUGGGUCUUCAUUAACGGCUGUCAUGGGUGGCCAACUUGUGGCUCCGCCCCCUGGCAGAACCUGGAUCAGUCUGCAUUAGCUAAAGGGUGGAGUGUGACUUCUGUAGCACACGUACAGCUUCCUAGAGUAUCACUAUAUAAGGUCUAUUUUUCAUUGAAUGUUCUUUUUAAAAUGCUGUAAAUAUUUCUGUAUUUGUUCUGUCCACAGUGGCAGUUUCAACCCUCCUAAAACCGUUCUCCAAAUAAAACUCCAGACAAAUGAA